AUGCCCCCCAAUAUAUUCUCCAAGCUUCUCCGUCCCCGCAAAAAGGACGCAGACCCAGCUCCCAACCAUCCACCCCGCCGCACCUCCCCGGAAGCCCCCGGAAUCCUUGACACCAGCUGCACCAUUAUUACCCAAAACCAAAAGCAAAGACGGUAUAAACUUCCUAUCCCGGACCCCGAGCACCGCCAGCGCCAACUCCAAACCCUUGCCACAUCAUCUGCCAGACCUCAAAACCCACAGUCUCAAAGCGCAUUUUUUUCCAGGCUACCACUUGAGGUCCGUAAUAUUAUUUACAGGGAGCUAUUUGGUGGAAAGAGAGUGCACAUUGAUUAUCUGUGGAAGAGACCGUCUGCUGAUGUCGCGCGGCCGCCGACGGGAAAAGACAAGGGGAAGAAGGCCGAUGCUCAUUGGCAGUGGUGGCACCGGGUCUGCGCGGUCAGCGAUGAGUGGGUGGAUGAUCGAUUCGAGGAGCGAUGUGUGGAUGCGCUCGAUGAGCGGGACGAGACGCUGGCUUGGGGCUGGGAGAAAGCAGCACCCCCGGGAACCAAGUUGCAAGGCGUGGCGGCGAUGCUGACGGUUUGUCGGAUGGGGGGUGUAUACACUGAAUCCCUGCCCAUUCUCUACACCACAAAUACCUUCGUCACAGGCCCCAGCAUGGACACCCCCUUCAUCAUCCGGCGCCUUCUUGCGCCCCCAUACACAGCCCUCAUCACCGGCAUGGACAUCGCAAUCACAAUGGCCAUGCCCUACACUGCGCCUCCGGAUCUUCCUGGAAACUGGACGACGGUUUAUCCCGCGUUCUUCGAUCUGAUGCAGCAUUCGUUUUCCGGUUUGCGUCGCCUGCAUUUAACUAUUUACCUUAACCCAUGGGAAAAGAGCAAGGAGCCUGUUACUGAGGAGUCGCUAGAGGGGUUCUUAGCGCCAUGGAAAGAACUUGAGGCAAGUCGCGAGUGGACAGAGUUAUGUUUUUUUGUGCCGGAGGAUUGGUUUGAGCUUCUGAGGGGGAGGUUUGAGACGCAGCUGGAGAGGCAGACUGAGAGGAGGUGGGCGUUGAAGAGGACGAGCGUUAGGCCGCUGGUGGUGGGGAGUUGCUUCUAG